AUGAGCACUAUAGUACAACCAUUCGCCCACCCGCUACACUCGUCCAUCGCGGACCGCAUCGACCCCGAAUAUGAGGGUUUUCACAAUGAGAAGCUAUUGUACCAUAUGCAUUGCCAUGAGGUGCCUUGGACCCCACAGAUACGCUCAGGACCAACCGUACCAGGGGGCUCAGCGCCUGUCAAGGUUGGCAGCGUGAAGGAUUAUUCGACCACACUGGACCGCAAGCCCUGGUUGCGUGUGUUCACCCCUGAAGGCGAGGCGCCGGAGGGUGGAUGGCCCGCAUUUGUAUUCUAUCAUGGGGGUGGUUGGACUUUGGGUAGCAUCGAUUCGGAGAACUCUUUCAGCUCGCAGAUCUGCAAAGGCGCGAAAACCGUGGUCAUCUCCGUCGACUAUCGUCUCGCGCCUGAGUAUCCUUAUCCAGCUGCAGUCGAAGACACCAUCGAGUCCCUGCUCUGGGUAUACAAGGAAGGUCCGGAGCUGCUUGGGAUUUCGCCAUCGCGCAUCGCGAUUGGUGGCUCUUCAAGCGGUGGUAACCUAGCAGCAGUAGCGGCCCUCAAGGCUCCUACGCUGGAUCCUGCCGUCCCUCUCGCUUUCCAGCUCCUCAUUGUGCCCGUGACGGACAAUACCGCUUCGCCGACAGAUCAACGCUACGCCUCUUGGAAGGAGAAUGAACAUACAACUUGGCUUCCGGCUGCGAGAAUGAUAUGGUUUCAGGAUCAAUACCUACCGAAUGUCGCUGACAGGGUUCGCUGGGACAAUUCACCGCUUUUGGCGCCAGACGAUUUGUUCACGAAGUCCCCGCCUACUUGGAUUGCAGUCGCGGAACUCGACGUUCUUCGUGACGAGGCAUUGGCGUAUGGAGAGAAAGUGAGAGCCGCUGGGGUGCCAUGCGAGUGGAAGGUCUAUAAAGGCUGUCCGCACCCUAUCAUGGCUAUGGACGGUAAGCUACGUCGUGUCUGUGUAGGCUUGUUGCUAAUUUGGGAUGCCCAUGAUUGCGCUGGUCCUAUGCAACAGAUGCCCUUAACUCUGGGAAACAGAUGA